AUGGGCGGCAAAACGUGGUCCAAGCAGGAAGAGCGCUUCUUCUGGAAGACGAUUGUCCCACAGUCGCCAAAGGCUGUGAAACCGUCCGAUCGAGUGCACGACUGGAAGGCGUGCGCCGAAAUCAUGCAACGGGAGAUGGGGACGAAUGCGCGCCGCAAGUAUUCGAAGCUCAUGCUCUUCGAACACUAUUUCCAAAACGUUCAGACGGGACACAGAUCGCCUUGUGCUCGCGAGUUUGUGGUGGAGCACAAGCGUGAGCUCGGUGAGUUCCGCAAGGGACAGAUGCUGGAUCCCAUGGCUGGGGACAGUCCUGCGAGCUCAACGACUGAUGGGUACUGGGAUGCAGAGAAAGCUUGUUAG